AUGUUCUACAAAAAUUUGGACAAACUUUCUUAUGGAGUUCGACAGCUUCAUUUAUCAAAACGAUUUAAACAUGCUUUGCCUGAUCUUCCCUAUGACUAUAAUGCUCUUGAGCCUGUAAUUUCUGCUGAAAUUAUGAAAAUUCAUCAUCAAAAGCAUCAUGGUUUGUCUGUUGGAUUUAAUCUUUAUUUUUUUAUAUUUUCAGCAACUUAUGUAAACAAUUUAAAUGUGACUGAAGAAAAAAUACAAGAGGCUUUUGCCAAAGGAGAUAUUCGUUCGGCUAUUCAAUUGCAAUCUGCUCUAAAAUUUAAUGGUGGCGGGCACAUCAAUCAUAGUAUUUUCUGGACAAAUCUUUGUAAAGACGGAGGUGAACCAUCUGGCAAACUCCUGCAAGCGAUUAAUCGUGACUUUGGUUCUCUCCAAGGAUUGCAAGCCCGUUUGAAUGCCAUUGCAAUAGCCGUUCAAGGAUCUGGUUGGGGAUGGCUUGGCUACAACAAAAUUGACAAACGCUUGGAAGUUGCUUGUUGUCAGAAUCAAGAUCCAUUGGAGCCUACCACAGGACUUGUGCCUCUCUUUGGAAUUGACGUUUGGGAGCAUGCCUACUAUUUGCAAUACAAAAAUGUGCGUGCUGAUUAUGUAAAUGCUAUUUGGAAGAUUGCCGAUUGGAAGAAUAUUGAGGAGCGGUAUGAGAGUGCUCAGACUGAUUAA